AUGCAGCUCCUCGGGUUCCUCGGCCUCCUCUGGGUGCUCAAGGCCUCCCCAGGUGCCACAGGAACUUUAUCCACAGCCACAUCUACCACUAACAUACUUUUGUCAAGAGCUGAAGCAGCGUCCACUGUUCUCAGUGAUUACCCAACCUCCAAAGGGACAAGAGAGUUGCUACCAAGUACUCCACGAACUGCUUCUCUCUCUCUAGGCACUAGGAAAAGCAAACAUAUGACUGUUACCACAUUCCCCAGGGUUAAGCCCACUUUUGAAGCAUUGAUCAAAUCUCCAACCAAUUCCAACACACAAAACCCUUUGUUAAAGUUUGUUGUCAAGGUAGGAACAAUUCCAACUACCACCAUUGUAUAUAUGUCGAGUACUGAGUGCACUAAUCCAACAACACUCAUAAUCACCACAACGUAUCCCACAACAAACUGUAUUACACAGACAACCACACAGACUGUCACUACAGAAGUUUCUUCUAUGUCCCCACUCACUUCAUCAAUCACUCCCACAAGUACAGUUCAUUCUACAACAGCCAGCACCCCUGUUCCCACGACCACGUAUACAGAAGUUUCUACUACGUCACCAGUCACUUCCUCAAUCACUCCCACGAGUACAGUUCAUUCUACAACCACCAGCACCCCUGUUCUCACGACCACGGAAACAUUAACAUCAUCCACACCUAUGCUGUCUUCUUCAACCUUCUCAAGUAUAGGAACAGUCAGCAGUAAAACCACAAACACUACCCCAAUACCCUCAAUCAGUACCUCACUUCUCACCACUGAUGCCAGAUCUACACCUACAUCUCUCACAACAGGCUUUGAAUCUCCAAAAGUUUCUUCUACGUCCCCAGUCACUUCAUCAAUCACUCCCACGAGUACAGUUCAUUCUACAACAGCCAGCACCCCUGUUCCCACGACCACGGAAACAUUAACAUCAUCCACACCUAUGCUGUCUUCUUCAGCCUUCUCAAAAACAGCCAGCACCAGUACCACAGCUUUUGUAACAACUCCCACUCUCCCAACCACACACACUGUCACUACAGAAGUUUCUUCUACAUCCCCAGUGACUUCAUCAAUCAGACCCACGAGUACAGUUCAUUCUACAACAGCCAGCAACCCUGUUCCCACAACCACUGAUACAUUCACGUCAUCCACCACUAUCCUGUCUUCUUCAAUCUUCUCAAGUACAGACCCAGUCAGUAGUAAAACCACAAACACUACCCCAAUGCCCUAUAUCAGUACCACACUCCUCACCACUGAUGCCAUAUCUACACCUAAAUCUCUGACAACAGGCUCUAAAUCUCCAAGUACUACUUCCACCAGGGCCACUAUGGAAAUUACCUCUCUGAUCACUUCCACCGACACAUCAACAACCACCACGUCCACGACACCCACUCCUACAACCCACCCAUCUUCAGAAACAGCCAUCACCAUUACUACAGACUUUAUAACAAUUCCCACUCUGACAACCACACAGAAGACAUCAAUACCAGCCUGA